AAAUAACUAAAUCAAUCAUUUAAAUAAUUUAAUAAUAAUUUUUUUUAUGAAUAAAGUAAAAUAAAAAAUAAGAGGUAAAAAAUAAAACACAGAAGAGUAUUACUUUUUUCACGGUGCCACUACCAUAAAAAAAAUAUAAAUAACUGAAGACGUUGGCGAUUUAACCGGGGUUAAUACGGACAAUUAGUUAACCUUAAAAUAUUUAUGUAUAUUCGAGCCGUUGUCUUAAACUUAACCACGCUUUUUAAAUAUCUAACUCCGUACAAUCCCACCCUUUACCGCUUGUCAAAGAGUUCAAAAUUCGAAUCUAGAAGCAUUUCUCUUCUCUUCUCCUUCAUUCAGGUAUCCCAGAAGACGCAAGCAAACCCUUAUCCCAUCCCUCCGGUUAGAUUCGAAUUCAUUUGCCUGCAAUUUCUUCUGUUUUGAUUUCCGUUUCACAGGUGAUAUGGCGCGUACCAAGCAGACUGCUCGCAAAUCCACCGGAGGCAAGGCUCCAAGAAAACAACUCGCAACAAAGGCCGCAAGGAAGUCUGCCCCCACCACUGGAGGAGUCAAGAAACCUCAUCGUUACCGCCCAGGAACUGUUGCUCUUCGUGAAAUUCGGAAGUACCAGAAAAGUACUGAGCUCUUGAUCCGCAAACUUCCCUUCCAACGCCUUGUCCGUGAAAUUGCACAGGAUUUCAAGACGGAUUUGAGGUUCCAAAGCCAUGCAGUCCUUGCACUUCAAGAAGCUGCAGAGGCCUACCUUGUUGGUUUGUUUGAGGAUACAAAUCUCUGCGCUAUCCAUGCCAGGAGGGUGACUAUCAUGCCCAAGGAUAUACAGCUGGCCAGGAGAAUUCGUGGUGAAAGGGCCUAGAUGACAUCUUCUGUGCCUUAACACUUCUCUGUGUGUCUGUACUUUACACCUUGGUAUUCUAAUCUGGAUAAUAACCUUGCCGUGGAGACAUUAUUGUCUCGCUUGUUGAGACAACCAUGGAUUCUUUCUAUUGGUGUUUGUCUAGUGUUGUAUUGUUGUUGUUAAUUGUUCAUUGUUUUGAACAUCAAACAAGGAUAACUAAUGUAGAUGUGCAAUUAAUGUUGUUCUAGUCUUGGUUGUUUAACUGAAGUCUGGUUCUAUU